CACAGCACUAAUUAUUGCAAACAGGUGUUUCUUUGUCAGCUGUUUAGUGAGUUAUAGUACAGUGACUACUCCACAAUGAUGCUUGCUCCGGUGGUUUUCAUUUUGACAUUUGCCAUAGUGACCCAUCCCUCGGAUGCAGCAACUACGUACAACCUAGCGCUCCUUCAGGAGACUUUGGAAGUCCUUGGAGAAGAUGUUGUCAUGUUCGUUACCAAUAAACUUAAUGGUGCUACAAACAAGGAAGAAGAGAAUGACGACGCCCUGUAUGAGACGGCGGAGGAGCAGCCGGGGGGUAUAGAUGAUGACGAAGACGACGACGAAGAUGAUGGACAAGACGAACCACCAGUAGAACAGGAGGCGAAAGAACCCAAGAAACAUGAGUCAGAGAGUGAAGAAAAUGAGACAGAAAGUGACGAGAGCGAAGAGGAAAGUAGAGAAGAGAAAACUAAGGAUAAACAUGGUAAAAAUCAUGUAGAGACAGAGGAAAAUGAACGGGAGGAUAACGAUAUAGAAGAGAAAAUAAAUCCAGAAGAAAAGGAUGAUAAUUUUGAGGAAAAUGAAACAGAUACCAAAGAUAAUGAAACAGACGUCGAUGAGAGUGAAAAGAAAAGCCAAACUGAAAGAGAGGAGGAAGAUGAAGUUACAAACGAUAAUGCUUCUGUAACUUCCACAGAUGAAGAAAAUGAAGAAGAUGUUACACUUGAAAAUAUCACAACUGACGAGACUAAAUCAAACAAAGAAGUCGGGAAGGACGCAUUUAAAUCCGAUGUUGCAGAAAACGACAAGAAUAUAUCUAAACCAGAACCGGAAGAAGAUGUCAAGAACUCAGUUAAAUCCGGAGCAGGAGAAGAUGAUAAGAGCCCAAUAAAAUAUGAAGUGGCAGAAGAUAUCAAGAGCUCAACUAAACCCGAAGCGGUAGAUGAUGAUAAGAGCUCAAUUAAAUCUGAAGUGGCAGAAGAUAUUAAGAGUUCAGUUAAAUCCGAAGUGGUAGAUGAUGAUAAGAGCUCAAUUAAAUCUGAAGUGGCAGAAGAUAUCAAGAGCUCAGUUAAAUCUGAAGUGGUAGAUGAUGAUAAGAGCUCAAUUAAGUCUGAAGUGGCAGAAGAUAUCAAGGGCUCACUUAAAUCCAAAGUGGUAGAUGACAACCACACUGAUAAAUCAGAAGUGGUUGGAGAUGGUAUGGAUGAUAAAAAUAAAAAUAAUGAUAGUGAGCUAGGUGGUAACCAAAAUAGGAAAGAUAUAGCUAAAUCUGAUGAUGAAACAGAAGCGAAAGAAAAGAAAACGCUUGAGAAAGCUGACAGUAAGACUGUAGAUAAUACUGCAACGGAUGAAAACCAAUCAGAUUCCAAAAAGCCUAGAAGAGUAAAAAAGAUUGCUUUGAAUUCCAGGAAAGCAAGAAAGGUUUCAAAGAAAAAAACAAAACACAGUGCUAAAAGAAAGAAACAUGUUGAAGAAAUCGAGGAAGAAUACGAACAUGAAGUCAACAACGAGGAGCCUGAGGUAAAUGAAGAAGACGAACCAGACAUGGCGGAAACUCUAGCAUCCGUGGCCGUUUCUAUGGCAGCUGACAAGUUGAAAGAACAACUGGGGAAAUUGAGUAUUCAGCUACGGUAGAGAAUAUUGUGGCAUGUUUUUAAAAUAAAAAGAUAUAAAAAU